GAGAUGGAAGAGAUGGUGGCCGUAUUCCUGGAUGCCAAUAGGUUACGGAGGACCGUGAUUUCAGAGAUUAUCGACGCAACGAAUGUUUACCAGGGUGCUCUGUUUCUUGAAGCUCUAUCCCAAUUUCUUGUUGGGUUCAGGGACCCCAUAUUGCUCGCUGAAUUCGAACGUUGCAACAUGCCCAUCUUGAGGGUAUUUUCCAAAUUCAUGAUUCCUGCAAAUUGUUCAUCCUGGACGAGGAAGAUUUGCGCUGAAAAGGGAGAUAACCACUGUGUAUAUCAGUUUGUAUUCAGCCGUGUGAUGUGGAUUACGUGUCAUCACGUUAUUGACCACUGCUUCGUUAGACCCGAUAACGACGACGGCUACAGGGGACUGCAGCGGCCACUCGAUUUACAUCAGGAGCCUCCCUCACACUUCAAUCUUGAUCUUCUGUCAAAUUGCUCCGAACACCCACUUUUUGAUAACUUCUGCCCUUGUUUAGCUAACCAUGGCCUUGGUCACAAGACCCACAACAAAUCUCAGAGCCGUGGCAGUUGCUGCCAUUGUUGCCCUCUGGGGAUCUACUGGGAUGAUCUCCGUAAGGAAACUGAUAGGCUUCCUUUGAUUCCCGGUGCUCUGGAGUUUGUUGGCAUUGGGUACACGGUGGUUUGCAUACAAGAGUCUCAUUUUCAAACUAGACAGGGAAGCGUUGAUACAGAAAACAAAGGACACACAAAGAAAAAAUCGGAAGCAGCUGGAGCUGAGAUGAGGGUGAACUUUUGGUUCAUGAAGCAGAAUUGUUCAUGGAGAUUACAAAUUAAAUGCGCUUCCUUUUUUUAGCACAAGUUCUAAGCCCUGGGCAAUCAAAUACAUGUAUUGCUAUUUUUCCUGUGUUUCCUCCUUGUAGCCCUACGUACUCUUUAAUGCUAAUAAUCAUCUUCUUUUGUG